UCCCCCUCCUAAGGUUCUAGAACAAGGGCCUCCCCCUGGUUCUGGCAUCCAGGUCCGCCUGGAGCUCCCAACUGCUGUCCCCCGUCCCCUACUCUGUUUUUACCCCAUCUCUAAUGCCGGCUCUCCCCUCCGUCCUCAGGUGCUCAGCGAGAUGCUCCUCAGCCCCUCCUGCUCCCUCCCCAUCCUCCUCCUUUUCCUCCUCCCCAGCGUUCCAAUGGAGCCCCACCCCCCACCCUUACCACUGCCCCCCUUUCUAGCCCCUGAGUGGGACCUCCUGUCCCCCCGAGUAGCCCUGUCCAGGGGCACCCCCGCCGGGCCCCCUCUGCUCUUCCUGCUGGAGGCCGGGGCUUUUGGGGAGCCAGCAGGCCGCCCUGCCAACCGCAGCCGGCGAGGGGCGAGCGAGACAGCACCCGCAAGUCGCCGGGGAGAGCUGGCUGUGUGCGAUGCGGUCAGCGGCUGGGUGACAGACCGCCGGACGGCCGUGGACCUGCGUGGGCGUGAGGUGGAGGUGCUGGGCGAGGUUCCCGCGGCUGGUGGCAGUCCCCUCCGCCAGUACUUCUUCGAGACCCGCUGCAAGGCUGACAGCACCGAGGAAGGUGGCCCCGGUGGGGGAGGAGGGGGCUGCCGGGGUGUGGACCGGAGGCACUGGGUAUCUGAGUGCAAAGCCAAGCAGUCCUACGUGCGGGCACUGACCGCUGAUGCCCAGGGCCGCGUAGGCUGGCGAUGGAUUCGAAUUGACACUGCCUGCGUCUGCACGCUCCUCAGCCGGACUGGUCGGGCCUGAGUCCCAUGCCCAGGAACUGGGCAGGCAGAGGAAGAAGACGGCUGGAUCCCGAGGGACCUCAGGGGUGGUGGCCUGACCGCUCCGGGCCUCAGUUUGGGAACUUGUGAAAUGGUCACACAAUCACAGCUUUCUGAUUCUGAGAGCUCAAUCCGUGCCAGACAGGUGGUGGAACCAAAUGGGGUUUUGAAGGAUGAGUAGGAGUUCUCCUGGAUGAACUUGAGGGUAAUGAUGAUGAUAAUAAUAGCCCAAUUUUGCCGAGUGUCUACUGUUUAUC